UUCUUGUUUUCGUGGAAAGUGCAAUGAACUCUGGGAAAUUAUUUGAGUACGUGAGUAGCCAGACCCUGAUUAAUUCCCAUCAGAUUUACUUGUGCAGGGAAAUUGACUGGGAGCAUCACUGUUGCUAGGUAAUGACAUCAGCAUACCUGUACCCACCUGACUCACUGCUGCUCCUUUUAGAUGAGCAAGUCCUCUACAUGGAUCAUUAGUUAUAAUCAAGACAUCAGUUAUGACUUUGUGGAUGUAUUUUGGUUUUAUUCCACUUUUAUCCAAAGCAUAUAUAUAACUCAACUCAUCUCUUAGCAAUGGACAGAUCGAGACAGCUUUGGGAAAUAUUGAUUGACUUUUUUUUACCUUUGGACUUAUAAACAGAAAGGGAGCCGUUCUUUGUCUGUCGGAGCAACAUGUCUGGUUAUGUGCUUACCAGAGAUGCUAAAUAAAAGCUGUUAAAUUCAGACAUCGAUGAGCCCCCAUGGAGAGUGAGAUGAUUUCUCAAGGAACAAGGGAUGUGGAGUGAUGCAAUGGCACUUGGGCACGGCUCUAAGAAGUCAAUUUCAUGUGACCAAGGGGUCACACCUGCUUCUCUGAACAAUGGGGUAGGAGCUGGUGCACAAGCUGUGGCUCCAGCCACCACUAAGACUCUGUUCUGCAAGUGUCUCCUGGCCUUCCUCAUCAUCAUCCUCAUAGCCGCAGGAGCCACACUGGCCUGGUACUUCCUGGAAUACAGGGUUUGGGUGUUGGAGCCUCGUGUCCAGCAGCAGUACACGGCUUAUCUGUCCAUCCUCAACAGGAACUUCUCUGCUGAUCUGUCCUCCCACAACAGCCCUGCAUUCAAGAAAGAGGCCAAGGGGGUACAGAACAUGGUAGAGAAGAUAAUGAAGGGCUCGAGUCUUUCUCGAUACUUCAACUGCACCACUGUGUUCGCCUUUGGGGAGGGGAGUGUUGUGGUUCACUUCUGGAUACUGAUGUCUGUGCCAGGCAGCCAUGUUGGGAGGGUCACACUGGAUCAGGUCACUGGGAGCCUAGAGAAGGGCCUGAGGUGGUACAGAGGGUCAGAGGAGACGGCUAGCUUUGAUGGAUACCUCCUCCUCCUCCCCUCGCUGUCUGUCAGUGAAACUGACUCCAAAGUUAUAGAGCUUUUGAAAGCCUCAUUUGACUGCUACCGCUACCAGAAGGUGGUGUCCAGCAGCCCUGUAGCUCUCCGUGGCCCCGACACGCAGCGCUCCUCCUGCCUGUGGCACCUCCAGGCCACCCCCGGCUGCCAGCUGGAGCUCCACAUGGAGUGGCUGCUGCCAGAGUGUCGGGACAGGCUGGUGGUGUACAACUCCCUCACCCCCACCGAUACUCACCUCAUCACCUCUGUGUAUGGCUGCAGCAGACAUGAGCGUGUGGUGCGUGUCCUGUCUUCAGGUGAGUGGAUGACGGUGGUUUGGAAACAGGGCCUGUACAACUAUAAGGACCCCUUCUCUCUGUCUGCACAGGCCUGGGACCGCCAGGACUGUAACUCCACUAUAGAGCUGAAGGCAGUAUCAGGGGUCCAGGGGACACUGAGGACACCUUUCUUCCCCAGCUACUACCCCCCCGACACCAACUGUACCUGGAGCUUUACUAUGCCCAGUGUCGGGAUAGGCUUGUCUCUGGAAUUUGAGGGCUACGAGCUGAGCAGAGCCAGCUACAACCAGGCCUGUACCCAGGGACAGUGGAUCAUCCAGAACCGCAGACUGUGUGGUACCAGGGGCCUGCAGCCAUACAACGAACGCCUCCUCCUGCUCUCCACCAUGACCACUGUUGUCAUGACAUCAGAAGUGUCACUCACAGGGCCGGGCCUUCAGCUGCUCUACAGAGUCUUCAACCUAUCAGAUCCUUGCCCAGGCCAGUUUCUGUGCACUAUUAAUGGCCUGUGUGUUCCUGCCUGUGAUGGAAUCAAGGACUGUCCCAAUGGACUUGAUGAGAGGAAUUGUGUGUGUGUGGCACAGUUCCAGUGUCCAGAGGAUAGUCAGUGUGUGGACUACUACAAGGUGUGUGACCGACACCCAGACUGCCCUGAAGCAACGGACGAGAUGAACUGUACUGAUGGUGUGCAGUGUACAGAUAUGACCUAUCGGUGCGCUGAUGGAACGUGUCUGAAGAAGCCGAACCCAGAGUGUGACUUUGUCACCGACUGCCCCGACGCCUCCGAUGAGAAACAGUGUGACUGUGGCCUGAGGCAAUUCUCCAGCCGAAUUGUCGGAGGGACCAAUGCCACGGAGGGGGAGUGGCCAUGGCAGGUCAGCCUGCAGGUGCGGGGUACCCACAUCUGUGGGGGCGCGCUAAUCUCCAUCCAGUGGGUGGUGUCCGCUGCCCACUGUUUUUAUGACGACCGUCUCUACUCCCCUUCAGCAUGGACUGUCUACCUGGGUAAACUCCUGCUCAACCGCAGCAGCCCUACUGAAGAAGUGGCCAGAGUUCAGCGGAUCCACCUUCACCAAUACUACGACGAUGAUUCCCACGACUAUGACCUGGCCCUGCUGAAGCUGGACCGGCCCGCCUCUAUGCUGCUGGCUGGACAUGCUCGACCCGCUUGCCUGCCUCCGCCCACCCACCAGCUGGAGCCGGACCUGCUCUGCUGGGUCACCGGCUGGGGGGCUCUCCGUGAGGGGGGCAGUGCCAGUAAUGUGCUUCAGAAGGUUGAUGUUCGCCUGGUCAGCGAAGAAGCCUGUGUUCGCUCCUACGGCCACCUGGUCACUCCCAGAAUGCUUUGCGCCGGUUACCGGAGUGGAGAGAAAGAUGCCUGUCAGGGAGACUCUGGUGGUCCCUUGGUUUGCCAGGAGCCGACGGGUCGCUGGUUCCUGGCCGGAGUGGUGAGCUGGGGCAAAGGCUGCGGGCGUCCAGACUACUAUGGCGUCUACACCCGCAUCACCAGGCUCAGUGACUGGAUCAAGCAGGUCAUCAGCAGCCCCUGAGACAAUGAGGAUCUUUAUCAUCCUUACAUCAAUAUCCUCAUAACCUAAAGCUGGGUGCAAAUGAAAACAUUAUCCACAGGAUGAGAUGCUUCUCAUCCAAACAGGUGGUAAAGUGUGAUUCCAUUCUAAGUCAUUAUAUAAUAAAGCUAAUUAUAAUCCACCUUAUUUAUGUGGCACCUUUCAGAACUGAUAUAAUAUAAUGUUUAUCAAGAAUGCAGUAAAAAGAAACAUGCCAAAAUAAAAUAAAAUAAAAUUUUAGUAAGAAUGGUAAUAGGACUCAAAUAAAAUAAGGAUUUUUUUAGAAGUGACAAGCUCAGGUUUAAGAAGUGAUUGAAAUGUAAUGAUAGAGUACAAUGAAAGCAAUUUCACUUGACUGUAAUCCCUUGUUUGAUCAUUUACUCUCCUGCAGAAGAAAUCAUCUAUAUUUUAAAGAUAUUGAACUUAAAGCAAUUUUUCCCCAUAA